AUGGACCUGUUUAAAAGAGAAAGCGUAAACUUGAAUUUAAAUUAUGAGAUAACAUUUUCGUGUUGUAUAAAAGAUAUUUUAUAUGUUGGAAGUAAGGAGGGGAUACUAUAUGAAUACAAACUAAUAAAAGAAGACCCCAGAUGUGAUGAUAUUAAGAAUGAAUAUAUAAAAAAUGAAAGGUCACAUAAUUACAGGAACUCAUCAGAUUUAAACAACUUGAAGGGUUCCCUACAAGUAAAACUUGUAGGAAGUCAUUUAAUAAAAAAGAACAAAAUAAUUAAUAAUAUAAUAAUUGUAGAAGAGAAAGAGAAUAUAUUUCUAAUGUUAAUUUUAGUUGAUGAUAUAUUAUAUUAUGGGAAAAAUAAUAACUUGGAGGUUUUAAAUGUAAUAUAUAAAAAUGUUUUAUUAUAUACAAUACAUGAAAAUAACAUUAAUGAAUUGUUAAUAUAUACAAAGAAGAAGAAGUUAUAUAUUUAUAAAUAUGAAAAUGGAUUAUAUAAAUAUUUCAAAGAAAUAACUAAUCCUUUAAAUGAUUUUAUUUCUUGUUUAGUGUGGAUUAAUGAUUCCUUAUUUUUGACCAUGAAUAAAGAAUAUUAUUUUUUAAAUAUUAAAAAUAAUCAAAAAAUAUUAUUAUAUAGUCAUGAAUAUGAACAGACAUAUAAAAAGAUUACUUUAAUUAAUAUGAAUGAAAUAUUUAUUGUAUGUGAUUUGAACAUUGGUGUUUUUUAUGAUGUAGAUACUUCUAUGCCUUCUAGAAAAAAUACUAUAAUAUUAAGUCCGAAUAUAAAACAAAUAAUAUCCUUUCGUUUUUUUUUAUUUUGUCUUAAUUUUAAGGGUAUUAUAAAUAUAUAUAAUAUAAAAAACCAACAACCUAUACAAGAAAUCACGUUAAAUUAUAUACCCGAUAUUGUUAUUAAUUAUACAAAUAUAACAAAAUACUCUACUGUUUUAUCCUUAUUUAAUGAUGAUCAAGAUAAUGCAGAAACUAUAUUAUCUAACCAAAAAAAUAAAAAUAAAUGGACAUCUUCAGAUAUAGGUAUCAAAUUGUAUGACGAAAAAAUAAAAAAAAAUAGGAAUUUGUUAAAAAUGGAAGAUGAAGGAAUCUUAUCUAAAUCGACUAUGGAAAAUGACUUUUUAUAUGAUUUAUCACCAAACGGUAUAUAUGAUGAUAAUAAUAAUAAUAAUAAUAUAUUAUUUAAUAAAUAUUUAUAUGAGAAGAAUCAAAUGUUAACAAAAAAAAAUAUGAACAUAUAUAAUUCAGUAUAUAAUAAUAUAUAUUUUAUUAAUAAAGAUUGUUUACAAAUUCUUACUUGUCUAGAAAUAUACCAAUAUUUGCCACAAUGUAUAGAACAAGGAAAUAUAAAAAAAGGUUUUGUAUUAAUAGAUAAUUUUGUAUGUGAAAAUAAAAAAGAAAAAUAUGAUAUUUUUUGUGAAUAUAAUAAAGCAUGUGCAUAUUAUUUUUUUAAAAAUUUAAAUUUUUCCAUAUCUUUUAUAUUUAUUCAAAAAGUAAAUAUUAAUAUAUUCUUUCUUUUAUUUUUUUGGAUUGAUUACUUACCUUCAUCUCAUAAAAACAUUUUACAAAACAUGAUAGAGAAUAAAGUUAUUGAAGAAAAUAUUAAUAAACAAUUUAAAUGUUUUCUUCCUUUCCCAUGUAGUAUUAAAGAAUUAAUAGAUAGGAAUUAUGAAAACUAUUUAAAACAUAAGCCAGACUAUUAUAUAUCUGAUUACAUGUUCGAUGAUUUUUAUAAUGAUGAUGAUAAUAAAAACUCUCUUAUCUAUUCAUCUCCACAAAGAGAUACCGAAAUAAAAAAACACCUUUUACACACAGCCAACAAAUGUCUAGUAAAUUUUCUAUUAAUAAAAAGAGAUUAUUUUUUACAAAAUAAAGACAUGUAUAAAUUAUCCUAUAAAAAGGAAAAUGAUAAUUCAAACCAUGUUAAUGAUAAUAUAUAUAUAAUAGAAGAAUUAAUAGAUAAUUUAUUAAUUAAAUUAUUAACUAUAAAUAAUUAUAAUAAACAAUUUUUUCAUUUUAUUAUGCAAACAAGCAAAUUACAUGUUGAUCUAGAAGAGUGUGUGCAAUUCUUAAAAAAAGAGGGGAAAUUUGUGGAAAUUAUUUUUUUAUAUAUAAGACUUGGAUACUUUGAAGAAGCCAUUGAGAUAUGUUCUUAUUUUUUUCAUUAUUAUAAUGAAAAGUAUAAUGUUAUUCAAUCGACAGGAGAUAUUAGUGUAUAUAAAUAUGAAAUAGGGCAACAAGGCAAUAAUAAAAAAAAAAAACAAAGUGGAGAUGAUAAUAAUAAUGAUAAAUAUAAUGAUAAAUAUAAUGAUAAAUAUAAUGAUAAAUAUAGUGAUAAAUGUAGUGAUAAAUAUAAUGAUAAAUAUAAUGAUAAAUGUAGUGAUAACAAUUUUUACAAUGAUGUACAUAAAAAGGUGGAACAAAAUAAUCAAUACAGCUUUUUUAAUAUAAAAGAACUUAAUGAAGAAAAAUAUUUUAAGUGGAUUAAAAUAUUUGAGAACGAAAAUGCACAAAAAAAUAAUGUGUCAGAUAAAGAAAAUAAUAAUUUUCAAUAUUCAUUAGAAAAAAUAUAUAAUAUUCUUAUUAUAUUAAAUGAUCAUAUACAUUUAUUAAAUGUUCAUGAAGAAAAAAUAAAGAAAUUAUUUGAAUAUGCAUUUCCAUUUUUAAUAAAAUAUAAUGAACAUUUCUUUUUCCAUUUUUUAAAAAAAAAAAAUAUUUUAAUUUCUCCUGAAGAAAUUAUAACCAUUUUUAAAAAAAUCAUAAACAUAGAUAAGAAAAAUGAUAAAAUUAAAUAUUAUUUACAAAAAUACAUAAUACAUUAUUUAAAACACGAUAAAUAUAAUAAAAAUAUUAAUACAACAUUAAUAGAGUUAUAUAUUAACAAUGUACAAACGAAAAAUAAUAAAACACCUUUUCAAAAAAAAUUAAUAACCUUUAUGUUAUAUGAGUAUCCUAUACAUAUAAAUUAUCUUACUGGACUUAUAAAGAAUACAUCAUUUUAUUUCUUCAAGGUCCUCUUAUAUGCAAAACUACACCGUCACUACGAAAGUCUUCAAAUCCUUGCUGACCAAAACUUGAGGGUGUGCGAAAAAUACUGCCUUUACUAUAACUUCAUAUUAAAAAAAGAAGUCUCUAAAAUUAAAGAAGAGAAGUACCAAGAAUUAUACAAGGGGAUUUAUAAUAAUGAUAAAAAUAUAUAUUAUAAUAUAUUCCAAAAGUUUAUAGAUCGUCAAAUAAAUUCCGCAGAAAAAAAAAAUUGGAACAAAACAAAGAAUAAAACCAAAAACACACGAUUUAUUAAAUAUAUCUUGAAUGAAUAUCACAAAUAUAUAUAUUUUAGCAUGAACAAAAAUAUACCCUCAAAAUUUUUAUUCCAGAAAAAAAAUGAAACAUUGAACAAAGCGUAUGUACAAGAAAUGGACCAAAGAAAUAUAAUAAAAAAAAACAAAAAAAUUGCUCAAGAAAAUAAAAACAUGCUAGAACAAAAUGAAUAUGAUUAUAUGUUACAUAUGAUUAAGGAUCACCAACAAGACGAAGAAGCGGAUAAUGAAAAUGACCAACUUGAUGAUGAUAUUUUAAAUUACUAUGAAACGUGUUCGAAUGAAUCAGAUGAAUGUUAUGCGAGUGACACUAUAUGUGACGCUACAACUACAAGUCAUGAUAAUAAAAGUGAUAUUACUACAAGUGAUGAUAAUAAAAGUGAUAUUACUACAAGUGAUGAUAAUAAAAGUGAUAUUAAUACAAGUGAUAAUAUUACAAGUGAUAUUACUACAAGCAGUAAUAAUAAAAAUAGAAGGAAGAAAACAAAAAAAAUUAUAAAAACAAGCGCCCAAGAUAAAUUAUUAAAAGGGAAACAUCGAAAUAAAGACCCAGAUCCAUUAGCUCAUUUUCGUGUGUAUAAUAAAUGUAAACAAAAUACAGGAGGGCUAUUUUUUUUACUUAUUAAAGUAUAUCUACAUAAAUAUUAUAAUGAAGAAAUUAAUUUAAUGAAAAAAGAACAAUAUAAAAAUAAUAUUCUCUAUAUAUUAAAGAAAUAUGCAAAUCAUAACGAUUUAGAUAAUAUAUAUAUUUAUAAUAUAAUACCAAAAUGUUGGAAUAUAUCUGAAAUAUCACAAUUUCUUAAUUUUAAUUUAAAAAAAAAAAGGAAUACACACAUGAAUCUACAAAUAUAUCAUAGUUUAAUUAAGAGUAAUUAUUUGAAUGUCUCCUACGAAAAAAUUAAAAAAAACGAACAAAAAAUAAUCAUAAAGGAUAAAAUAUUUUGUAAGGUGUGUAACAAUCCCAUUUUAGAAAAAAGUUUUGCUUUUUUCUCGGAGAACAUUACGGUUCAUAUACAUUGCAUUGAGAAAUACGAUGAGUAG